AUGGCGUCGAAGGAUGGUAUACAACGCGUUGAGGACGCCGAGGCGAACUCUAAGAUCUCGGACGGUGAAAAGGGCCAUUCAGAUUCUACCUCCUCACUGUCUAGCGGCCACAAAGAGUACAUACUCGCCCGGCAUGGCACCCUCGAACUGGAGCCCAUGCCAGACAUGGACGACGCUGACCCGCUCAAUUGGUCGUCCUGGAAGAAAGUCAUCAAUCUUCUCCUCGUCGUAUUCCACGCCAUGAUGGCAACUUUCACGGCAGCGGCGAUUCAAUCUUCCUUUGCACUCAUCGCGGAGGACCUCGACGUCCCUAUACAAUCGGCAAGCUAUCUGACAUCAGAGGUUAUCGUCGUCCUGGGCGUGGCGCCUCUUCUCUGGAGACCCAUUUCGCAUCGGUACGGUCGAAGGCCAAUCCUGCUCGUUUCACUGCUGCUUAGCAUAGUCGGCAACAUCGGUUGCGCAAAAUCACCAACUUACGCCGCCAUGGCAGCCUGCCGUGCCAUAACGGCCUUCUUCAUCUGUCCGGCGAGUGCCAUCGGCAGCGGCGUGGUGACGGAAAUGUUCUUCAGGCAGGAACGUGCGCGGUGGAUGGGUGUCUGGACGGUGAUGGUGACACUGGGUAUUCCACUCGCGCCAUUCAUUUUUGGAUUCGUCGUAUUACGGGUGGACUACCGCUGGGUCUACUGGAUCCUUGCCAUCACCAACGGUGUGCAAUUGCUGCUCUACUUCUUCCUGGGAGACGAAACUAGGUACAUCCGCAACGGAGAAGUGCGUGGCGGCAAAGCCGGUCCAAAGUCUCUCUUACGCUUUAGCCGAAUCGACCCGACUCCCUUGUCGUUGCGAGACUUCACCAGACCGCUCGAACUGGCUCUCCGCCCCAGCGUGGUCAUCCCCGCGGCCGCCUAUGCCAUGAUCUUCCUCUGGCAAGUCAUGAUCAGCAUCGAGAUCCCCCAAGUCUUCGCCAUCCAAUUCCACCUCAACACCCAGCAAGUCGGCCUCCAGUACCUGGCCUUGAUCAUCGGGUCUCUCAUCGGCGAAGUCAUCGGCGGCACGCUGUCGGACCGCUGGAUGCUGCUCAAACAGCGUCGGACCGGCAGCGUGCCGCGUCCCGAGUACCGUCUGUGGCUGAGCUACUUCGGCUUCGCCCUGGGCAUCUGCGGGACGGUCGUCUUCCUCGUGCAGCUGGGGAACGCGGGGGAGACGUGGAACAUCACGCCCCUCAUCGGCGCCGCCAUCCAGGCGGCGGGCAACCAGAUCGUGACGACGGUGCUGAUCACCUACGCCGUCGACCGCAACCAGAGCGACUCCGCGAGCGUGGGCGUCUUCAUCACGCUGGUGAGACAGGUCUGGGGUUUCAUCGGUCCGUUCUGGUUCACCGACAUGAUAUUGAAUACCGGGUAUGGCGCCAGUGCCGGGAUUGCGACGGCCAUGAUGGUGGGCGUCAGCGUCGUUCCUACUGUACUCCUGCAGUGGAGGGGCGCGGGACAGAAGUGA